AUGCGUACAUCCUUCCUUUCCAUGCUGGCCCUUGGCGCCGCCGCUGUGUCGGCUGCCCCAGCUCCUUCUCGUGCUUCCGAGCUGGUUGAGCGCGGAUCCUCCACCUGUACCUUUACCUCGGCUGCCAGCGCCAGCGCCAGCAAGAAGGCCUGUUCCACCAUUGUGCUGGACAACAUCAAGGUCCCUGCCGGCGAGACUCUCGACCUUUCCAAGUUGCAGGACGGCACCAAGGUCAUCUUCCGGGGUGAAACUACCUUCGAAUACAAGGAGUGGAAGGGUCCCCUCAUCCGCGUUGAAGGCUCAAACAUUGAAGUCUCUGGCGAGAAGGGCCAUGUCAUUAACGGUGAUGGAGCCAGAUGGUGGGACACCAAGGGAACCAACGGCGGCAAGACCAAGCCCAAGUUCUUCUACGCCCACAAGCUGAAGGACUCUUCCAUCACCGGCCUGAAUGUCAAGAACACCCCUGUCCAGGCUUUCAGCGUGCAGGCCGACAACCUGGUCCUCGACCACAUUACCAUCGACAACUCCGACGGUGAUACCAAGGGCGGCCACAACACCGAUGCCUUCGACGUUGGCGAGAGUACCUACAUCACGAUCAGCAAUGCCAACAUCAAGAACCAGGACGACUGCCUGGCUGUUAACUCUGGCGAGAACAUCGUGUUCACCGGCGGCUACUGCUCCGGCGGCCACGGUCUCUCCAUCGGAUCCGUUGGCUUGCGCGACAACAACAUCGUGAAGAACGUGACCAUCUCCGACUCUACCGUGACCAACUCCGACAACGGCGUCCGCGUCAAGACCAUCUACAAGGCCACCGGUGCCGUCUCUGACGUGACCUUCUCCAACAUCGAGCUGUCCAACAUCGCCAAGUACGGUAUCGUCAUCGAGCAGGAUUAUGAGAACGGCAGCCCUACCGGAACUCCCACCACCGGUGUCCCCAUUACCGGUCUGACUGUCGAGAAGGUUACCGGCAGUGUCGAGAGCAAGGCUACUCCCGUCUUCAUUCUUUGCGGUGACGGUAGCUGCUCUGACUGGACCUGGUCUGGAAACGAUAUCUCUGGCGGUAAGACUAGCAGCAAGUGCAAGAACGUACCUUCUGUCGCUUCUUGCUAG